AUGAAGCGCAAGGCUGCGACGAAGGGUGCCAAGGCGACCAAGCGCCAGGCGAAGGACGCCAACGCGACCGACGUAUUGACCAUUGUCGCCUCCACCGACACCUACCCGAUGCUGGACGAAGAUGCCAUCCUCGCCAAGCUCGUGCACCCGAUGACGACGGACGAUUUUAUGACGACGCAUUUCCGCCAGAAGGCCCUCGCUGUGCACGCGUUGCCGGCUCGCUUUGACCAGCUUGUUGCGUCGGGCCUGUGCAACUUGGACGUGAAGGCGCUCCUCGAGGUCACGUCCUCGGACGAGUACCAAGCGUGGGUGCAAACCACGGACAAGAAGAUCGAGCCGGUCAAGGUUGGGACGGUCGAGCAGGCGCUCGUGCUCCACCGCGCCGGCCACUCGCUCUACAUGCGGUCGUCGGAGGCGCUCAGCGCGCUCUUGAUUCCGGCGCUCGCCAAGGAGCUCGGCAUGGGCUUUACCACGACGUCGCUCUUUGGCGAACUCAACGGCGAAAUUGAAAUCUUUUGCGGCAAGGCGGGCCACACGACCGAUUGGCACUUUGACUCGAUGGAGAACUUUACACUCCAGCUCGCCGGCUCCCAGACGUGGAAGCUCCAGAAAGGGACAGUGCCGCAUCCCGUACGCGGGUGCACGUCGCACUACAAGACGCAGGACGCAGUCGAGCAGGAGCUCAAACUGCACCGGAUGACGGACCCGACCUUUGCCCCCCUCGACGAUGCCGACGACUACGUCAGCGUCACACUCCGCCCGGGCUCGAUGCUGUACGUUCCUGGUGGCAUGUGGCACCGCGUCGAGUGUGCGGACGACGAGGACUCGAUCUCAAUGAGCUUGAGCAUGUUCUCGACGCCGUACGCUGACGUCGUCGCCGACGCCGUCCGCCAGCUCUUGUUGCAGACGUCGGCAGGUCGGGCUGGUGUCAACUACGCGUCGAUUGAGGACGCCCACGCACAGCUCGCAACCGUGCUUGAGACGCUCCGGACGCAGCUGCAGUCGAUCAAACCUGCCGACAUUUGCCCGCCACGCCUCUUGGUGCACGACCAUGACCAUGACCAUGACCAUGACCACGCGGACGAAGACGAGAGUGACGACGAAGACGACGACAGCGCGUCGACGGUGCUCGAUGCGUGUGACGCGCAGCUCGUCGAGGAUCCGUCCGUGACGAUCGCAGCGAGCGCGCGCUUCCGCUUGAACCCACUGGCCAAUUUACUCGCGUACCGCGACGUGCCGUCCAUCCAUGCGCGCAUGGACCACGACGUGGACCGCCUCUAUGUCCUCAACGUCGGGUAUGGCCAUGGCAGCUACGCGUCGAGCUUGCGCGUCGAGUUUGUCGUGAGCGAGUCGCAGGUCGACGCGCUGAGAACGCUGAGAUCGAAAGCGACGGGCGCACAGUUUACGCUGCGCGACAUUGCAAGACCGCCGACGCGCGACGUGGAAGUGCUCGUCCAUUUCCUGGCCCACGUCGGCUUUCUCACACGGCUUGACGAGGUCGAGGUCCAGCCCUUGCACUGCAUGGCCAACGCCAAAGAGAAGGGCUUCAAGCAAGGCCGCUGCCGUGUGUGCAAGGCGCGAGGAUCGGCGCAGGCCGGUGGGCGCGAACAUCAAACGUACUCGUACUGCCCAAAGUGCACGGAAGACAACCAAGGCAAGACGUUUUACCUGUGCAAGGACGUGCACUUCAGCGACGAGCCGAUUGCAGGGCGCCAGUACAGCUGCCACGACUUGUGGCACUACGUCUGGAAGUUCCAGGUCCCAACGUGA